GAGAAGGAAAAAUGGAAAUAAAAACCCACCAAGAGCGGAGGAUGCCGGCCGGACGCCUGUUGGAGACAUGAGCACGUUUCCAUGGAGUCGUCUGUCAACGCCGUAGAGCUCCGGGAGCUGCGAGGCGGAGGAGGCGGAGGCCGCCGUGGGCCCUCCCCCACGCCCGGCUCCCACCGCUGGCCGGCGGCCCCGGCGGGCGGCGCCGCCCGGGGCUUCGAGAACGCCUCCUACCUGCAGGACGAGGAGCCGCAGCAGGGGAAGGAGUCGGAGGCGGAGGCGGCGAGGUACCCGCCCUCCGGGUCAGGAAGCAAGCCCCAGCAGGAGUCCUCCUCCCAGUCGUACGAUGAGGAGGAUGGAGGAGGAGGAGGAGGAGGAGGAGGGGGUCAGGAGGAGGCCCAGGACCUGACGGAGUUCAGCUCUGCCGACGACCACUCCGCGGACUACGGCUUCAUCCUGGCGCUGGUGUUCCUGGUGAGCGGCAUCGUGCUGGUGGUCAUCGCCUACACCAUCCCGCGGGAGGCCAAGGUGGACCCGGACCUGGUGUCGGCGCGGCAGAUGGAGAAGCUGGAGAUGUACUACGCCCGGCUGGGCUCCCACCUGGACAAGUGCAUCAUCGCGGGGCUGGGCCUGCUGACGCUGGGCGGGAUGUUCCUGUCCGUGCUGCUCAUGGUCUCCAUCUGCCGCGGCGAGAUGUACCGGCGCCGCGCCGCCUUCGUCCGGCCCAAGAGGACUUACGGCUCCAUCAACCUGCACAUGAAGCAGCUGGCCACGGGCGAGGCGGGGGAGGGAGACGCGGCGGACGGAGGGGAGGAGCUUCUGGUGGAGCCCGCAGAGGGGCGGGAUCACAAAUCGAACCCGGGACCGAGCAGAGGCUCUGCUCCUCCUCCUGCUCCUCCUUCCUCCUCCGGACUCCACUAA